UUCAGAGCUCUUAUUUUUUGCUGGGAGCAUCUGUAGGCAACUGCCACAUCGUAGAGCAGAAGUGUAUUUUGAGAAUCGUAUUUUGUUUAAAUAAAUAAUUGUUUAUAAUUACACAAAUCCAAACAAAAUGAGCAAAGCCGAGUGGGAAAAUAAUGAAGAAAUUAAAAUCUUCCGUGAAUAUCUGCGCAUACCAACGGUUCACCCAAAUAUAGAUUACACCGCUUGCGUGGAGUUCCUAAAACGUCAGGCAGCCAGCCUGGAUCUGCCUGUGGAUGUUGUCUAUCCCGUCAACGAAGCCAAUCCUGUCGUGAUAAUGAAAUGGCUGGGCAAACAGCCCGAAUUACCCGGCAUCAUUCUGAACUCUCACACCGAUGUUGUGCCCGUAUUCCCGGAAAAGUGGACUCACGAUCCCUUCACCGCCGAUCUGGAUGACGAAGGUCGUAUCUAUGCGCGUGGCUCGCAGGACAUGAAGUGCGUGGGAGCUCAAUAUCUGGCUGCCAUUCGUGCACUCAAAGCUACUGGCUACCAGCCGAAGCGAACUGUCUAUUUGACCUUUGUGCCCGAUGAGGAGGCCGGCGGCUUUUUUGGAAUGCGUGAAUUUAUAAAGGGAGAUUACUUCAAAUCCCUUAAUGUGGGCUUAAGCCUGGACGAGGGAUCUUCCAGCUUAGACGAUUGCUAUUAUGUCUAUUUUGCAGAGCGUACCGGCUGGCAUAUUAGAUUUAAGAUCAGCGGAACUGCUGGUCAUGGUUCCCUAUUGUUGCCCAACACCGCCGGCGAGAAGCUCAACUAUAUUGUGAACAAGAUGAUGGGAUUCCGUGCAUCCCAGGUGCAGAAGUUAAAAGAUAAUACGAAGCUUUUCUUUGGUGAUGUGACCACUGUGAAUCUCACCCAAUUGACUGGUGGCGUGCAAAGAAAUGUGGUUCCUGCAAUGCUCGAGGUGGUCUUCGACUUACGCAUUGGCAUCGAUGUGGAUCUAGUUGCCUUUGAGCAGCAGAUACGCGACUGGUGCGAGGAGGCUGGUGGUGGCAUUGAGAUCGUCUUCGAACAGAAAGACGAAUAUAUACCGCCGACAAAGGUCGAUGCCUCAAAUCCGUACUGGACCGCAUUUGAGAAGGCAUUGAAUGAACUGAACCUUAAAUUCCGCACACAUGUCUGCCCUGGUAACACCGACAGCCGUUUCCUGCGCUCUGUCGGCAUUCCGGCCUUGGGCUUCUCGCCCAUGAACAAUACGCCCAUUUUGCUGCACGAUCACGAUGAAUAUAUACGUGCGGAUACCUAUCUGCAUGGCAUUAAGGUCUACACCAAGCUCAUUGCAGCUGUUGCCGAUGUGUGAUUUCAAUGAAUAUGCGUUAUUUAUUAUUUAUUAAUUUUUGAUAUAUAUGCAUAUAUAUUCAAAGAAUGUAUAUGAUG